AUGAAGUUGGUCCUAGCAUUUGGUUUACUCUGUCUUGUAGCAGUAUAUGCCAGAGAAUUAGGUGAAGAUGAAAAAGAUCUCAUAACAGCUGCAAGUGGUAAAUCCCAUAAGCAUGAGGAAGGUGGUGGCAAGGAACACCAUGCUCACCACCACCACGAGCACGGUGGUCAUGGGCACAAAGGACACAAAGGUCAUCAUCAUCACCACAAGGGUGAACACGGCGAUCAUGGAAAGCAUCACCAUGAGGGUCAUCAUCAUGAACAUGGUGGUGGUCACAAGAAGCACUGGGAUGAACAUGAUCAUCACGGCCAUCAUCACGAACAUGGCCACCAUCAUAAAGGUGAAAAACAUGGACAUCAUAAGCAUCAUGAUAAGGGAGAGAAGACCGACGGCUACCACAAAAAGUACCAUAAGGACGCCUUCCACAAGGAUCAUCACUUCUACGAUGAUCAUCACCACGAAGGCAAACAUCACAAGCACGGUGAUCACCACGGCCACCACGAAACUCAUGGAGGAGACCACAAGAAAGGAGGCCAUCAUGAAAGUGGUCAUCAUGAGCAUCAUCACGGUAAGCAUGGUCAUCAUGAUAAGCACCAUUAUGAUGAGGAUCACCACGGCCACAAGGGUCAUCACGGCCAUGAAGAGCAUCAUCACGGUCAUCACGACCAUGGUAAGAAGGGCGGCCAUCAUGACCACAAAGACUGGGGCUUCCAUCAUGGCAAGCAC